CAGUGCAGGACCUCUGCCCCGCCCUGAAGAACCACCGAGCGCUAGCUGUUAUCGUGGAGAUUAUCUUCUGUGUGGUUUAAACUUGAAAUUAUAUUAAAAAAUAUAAAAUAAAAUGCCUCUGUUUGAGGUUUUGGGGAGCGGAGGAGAGAAAACAGCUGUUGUCAUUGAUUUGGGAGCUGCAUAUACAAAAUGCGGCUUUGCUGGCGAGACUGCGCCGAGGUUUAUCAUUCCUAGUGAGAUCCAGCGUCCUGGCCUCCAGCAGCCUAUUAAGGUGGUGCAGUACAACAUAAACACAGAGGAGCUGUACACCAACUUAAAGGAAUUCAUUCACACAUUGUACUUCCGGCAUUUGCUUGUGAAUCCACGUGACAGAAGAGUGGUUAUUAUUGAGUCUAUCCUCUGCCCUUCGCACUUCAGGGAAACCCUGUCACGGGUCUUUUUUAAACACUUUGAGGUUCCAUCAGUGCUUUUUGCCCCCAGUCAUCUAAUGUCCAUCAUGACUUUAGGUGCCAACUCUGCUCUCGUCAUGGACUGUGGAUAUACUGAAACCCUGGUGCUGCCCGUUUAUGAAGGAAUUCCAAUUCUGUCUGCAUGGGAGGCCUUGCCAAUGGGGGGAAAAGCCAUUCACAAAGAGUUGGACUGUCUGCUGAUGGAGCAGUGCACUGUGGACACGGACUCGAGCACCAGCCAGAGUUUACCAACUGUUUUAGGCACCAUUACAGAAGAGGUUGUAGAGGAUAUCAAAGUUAGGACAUGUUUUGUCAGUGAUUUGCAGAGAGGCCUGAAAAUCCAGGAAGCCAAGUUCAACAUGGAUGGAACUGCAGAGAGACCUGCUCCUCCACCUGAUGUAGAUUAUCCAUUGGAUGGAAUGAAGAUCCUUCACAUUAAAGGGUCGAUCAGAGACUCUGUUGCUGAGAUGCUGUUUGAACAGGACAAUGAAGAAAAAUCUAUUGCUUCACUAGUGCUCGAUACUCUAGUUAAGUGCCCCAUCGACACACGUAAGGUUUUAUCUGAGAACUUGAUGGUAAUCGGUGGCACAGCCAUGCUACCUGGCUUCCUUCACCGCCUCUUGGCUGAAAUACGUUUGCUCGCAGAAAAACCCAAAUACAGUGACGCUCUCGCCUCCAAGAGCUUUCGCAUUCACAGUCCACCGGCCAAACCCAACUGCACUGCCUGGCUUGGGGGGGCCAUAUUUGGAGCAUUGCAGGACAUCCUGGGUAGUCGCUCUGUGUCCAGGGACUACUACAAUCAAACAGGACGCAUUCCUGACUGGUGCAGUCUCACUAGUCCUCCACUGGAGUCACUGUAUGAUGUUGGAAAAACAGGCCCUCCACUUAUGAAGAGGGCUUUCUCCACAGAGAAAUAAUGCACUAGUGAUGCAUCUUCCUUGAAACAGAAGGACUUGCAUCAUCAAAAAUAAAAUUUGCCCGAACUCAAUCAUUAUCAAAGCGGUCACGUAUUGUGCGUCUCUGUGAUUUUGUGUGUAGCAGUUCACAAAAAGAAGAGCAGCGGUAGAACCACUAGGUGGCACUUUCUAUUACAAAAAACUCUGGCAGGGCAGAUGAUAAGAACAUUUUAACCACAUGUCUUUUGUCAGCUUGAGGCAUUUAAACAAUUAUUCCAAGAACAAGUUUAACAGAAAAAUAGCUGAACAUAACUAAACAGCUUUGAGCUUAAUAACCCACCACUGCUGUGGCAGAGAUUUUACCGCUCCCGGAGUGAGGAAAAUAGCAACAUUUAUUAAGAAAUUGUUUAAAUAUUAUUAGUUAUUUUCCUGCAAAUAAUGUUCAUGUCAGUGCUUUUAAAAAGUUUGCACUGACACAAGUUAAAAGAUCCCAACUUGUAUUUAAUUUAUUUGUAUUUACAUAUUAGAUGCUGAAAAAGCUGUUAAAAUGCAUUGUGUCUUAUGUGUACUAAAUAAAUAUUUCAAAGGAAA